UGACUCUAUUUCUAUCCAUCACCAAUUCACCACAAACCAAAAAAAAAAAUGUUGACUCCAUCUCAUCUCAAAUCCUUGCACCCUCUUCAAAUUUUCUCCCCAAAAUCAUCAUCAACAUCAACACAUUCCUCAAAUUUAUCUUCCAUGAAACUCAAAAGAAUCAUCCACACCCUCUUAGUUUCGCACUUGUGUAGAAUAUUUCGCGCACUCUCCAAACUCAAACAUUACAUCAUCGAAAUUCUCAAAGACAAUGACAACAAUUCAACCUUCAACUUCACUUACUACUCUUCUCACAAAAAACGUAACAACAUGAGAAAAAAGAUAAUUUUGGGUUCUUUUAGACUUCAUUACAACUGGUGUUCUUCAAAAUCCUCGCAUGUUUUGCCGGUUCCGGAACCGGUUUACGAGAAUCCGGACGCAAAUCUUGCGGGAUAUUUAGAGUGGCUUGAAGAGAAGAAAGUUGAAGAGGGUGCAAAAGAGAAAGAGAAUAUUGUGAAUGAGAAAGAGAAUAUUGAUAUGUUGGCUGAAAUGUUUAUUGCUAAUUGCCAUGAGAAGUUUAAGCUGGAAAAACAAGAAUCUGAUAGAAGGUAUCAAGAAAUGCUUGCUAGAAGCAUGUGAAGAAUUGAGUUAGAUAGAUGCAACUUUUUUUUUAUAAGCUGUUUUUCUUUUUAGUAAUAUUAUCACUAUUUGAUCACUUGUUGUAAGAUGUAACUUGUGCUUUUUCUUAUACAUUCAAAUUCAAUUUGGGUGAAUUGGAAUAUUGAUGGAUUUUA